CCGACUUUUGUCGCAUCAAAGCCAUCUAAACAGGUAAAAAGUGCAUUCAUGGCAGUGCACUUAUUAAUUAGCAGCAACAUGCCCGGACACAAUCCAAAAUGAAUCCAAUUUUGGACAGUAGGACAUGUUUUCUUUGCUUACAAAAUACUGAAAAUUCCAACUGGACACCAGAUUUCGAAGGAGAUUCCAAAUUAAGCAUCUCAUAUCUAAUCGUGCUGCAUUUUUGGUUUCAGGAAGACGAAUUGCGGGGUGCCGUCGUAUGCCAAUCAUGCUGGGACAAAGUGAAUCAAUUCCAUCAAUUCUACCAAGAAGUUAAAAUAAGUCACGAUCAGUUGAAAUCCCAACCGCUCCCGACAGUGAUCAUCAAACAGGAAGCACUGGACAUUGAGGAAGAACAGAUUGUGGAAACUAACAACAGCACAGCGACGGUGAAGGAUGUGGAUUGGAAGCCAGUGCCGGUUAAAACGGAACCGUGCGAAGAGCAAACCGAACCACCCGUUGCUCAGGAGAAGACGAAGAGAGAGUUGAAACCCUUCUCACUUGAUGGACGUUCCAGAUUUCGGAAGCAGCUGAAGGCUCGAUACCGCAAAGCACAAGACGACGUAAUCAAGAAGCACAUGCAAUACCAGUGCGAUGAUUGCGACGUGAAAUUCGAGAGCUUUUGUACGGCUCUCCAGCACAGGAAACGGGAACACAAUCAAGCUUCGGUCAAGUGCUGCGAGCGGCAGUUCAAGACACGUUCCAUGCUGCACCGGCACGCGAUGAAUCCGGGACCGUUUCCGUGCGAGACGUGCGGGAGGGUUUUCAGAUUUAUGACUGGGUAUCAGCGCCACAAGAAGGAGGUGCAUGAUGAACUGAACGAAGUGUCCUUCAAAUGCAACCGAUGCUCGGAAGUGUUCACCGAUCAGGACACGUUGAAGCGGCACCAGGCGGAACAUGAACGGUCAGUGUGCGGGGAUUGCGGCAAGCAGUUUCGAACGCGCAAUGGCCUGCAGAAGCACACGAAAGCCGUCCACCAGGAGCCCACGGAUUACAUUUGCAAGAUCUGCUCUAAGGGGUUCUACAGGCGGUCGCUGUUUGUGGAGCAUCUGAAAACGCACGAGAAGACCCCGGACGAAUUGAAGGAACAGUGCGAGGUGUGUAAAAAGUGGCUGAAGAACCAUUUAUCGUGGGAGAAGCACGUGCAGCGGCAUCAGUUCGAAGGCCAGUUCAAGUGUGACGAGUGCGAUCACGUGUCGGUCAAUUUGCUUUCUCUGAAGGUGCACAAGAAACGACGGCACGGUUCGGACAAGGAAGAAUACCAGUGCGAGUUGUGCGAUAAGAGUUAUACGCGCAAGCAAUCGUUGAAGGAACAUGUGGCAAAUGCCCACACGGGUGAACCCCUGUACGAGUGCCAGUACUGCCUGAAGGGGUUCUUCUCCAACGCUACCAUGUACGCCCACCGGAAAAAGGAUCAUCCACAGGAGUGGCUGCAGAAUCACGCUACUAAGUUCACCAGUAGGGAGGGGGGUUCCAACGACGGUCAAUGACCAGUACACAUUCCAUGAUAUUCAAGCAAA